AUGGCCAAUCUCACAGCAUGGGCCGCCCCUCGGCUGAGCCAGCUCCUCCCACUAGACGAUGAGUCACUGAAGCAGAUCAUCGAAUAUUCUGCCAGUCUCUCCAAAGAUGAAUGCGCCGAUCAUCUCAAAAAUUUCCUAGGCGACUCCCCCGCCGCCCUCGAAUUCAUCUCCUCGUUCAACUCACGUCGCGAUACUGGAUCGUCAUCCCCUGCCCUUGCUCCUGCCCCUACUUCUACCUCUGCCUCAAAUGACACACCAUCAAACACGAACAAUGGUACAAGAGGGAGGAAUAAGAAGAACAAGAGGCCACUACACAACCCUGGUCCCCCGCGCCGCCCCGAUAACUACGGAAAUGUUGGCGGGGGAUACAAGAAGGCCAAUGAAGAGGAAGACUACAUGUCCGCCAGCAAGGCAUCACUAUCACUACGUCAGCCUGCUCCCGGUCUAUCAGCACCGACUUCCUCUGCAUCUUCGCGUAACCAGUCGCCUAUGCCUACGUCGUCGAAAGCUCCGCCCUCAGCAUCUGGCCCGCUACUCUCGGAUAUGCUACCGAAUGUGCGCUCAAAGACCAGCAAACAGAAAAGCAGUGGAAACACCAACUCUUCCAAAGGAUCCGGCAACUCCCUUACUACAAAUAAUAUCUCCGACUUAACAGCCGCCAUCGCCGCAUUAGAAGUAUCAACCAAUCCAACGAUGGGAGCCGAGAAACGCAAAUGCACAUGCUCAGCUACAAUCCAUCCACUAUUUGACCCAGCACCAAACUGCUUAAAAUGCGGCAAGAUCAUCUGCGCGUUAGAAGGACUACAACCGUGCUCCUUUUGCGACACUCCUAUCCUCUCCACCGACGAAGUACAGAGUAUGAUCCGAGAACUUCGAGCAGAGCGCGGCCAGGAAAAGAUGCGCGCCCAUAAUGAAGGUGUCCACCAUGAAGGAGGACCUCACCCAGUAUCCAAGUCCGGCUCCGGCUCCGGCUCUGGAAUGGCAUCUCCCAGCAAACUCGACGCAGCCAGAGCCCACCGUGACAGAUUGCUCAAUUUCCAAGCCCAAAACGCCCAGCGAACUAAGGUCGUCGACGAAGCGGCCGAUUUCGAAACUCCAAACGUUGCCUCAACAUUAUGGAUGAGUCCGGCGCAACGCGCACUGGCGCUGAAAAAGCAACAGCGUAUUCAACGAGAGUUGGAAGAGAAGGCUCGUCCGGAGUGGGAGAAGAAGAAGACAGUCAUGAGUCUGGACAUUAAGGGUGGUAAGGUGCGCCGAAUAUAUGAGACUGCGGCUGUGGAGUCCACUCCCGAGCCCAUUGAGGAUUCAAUGGAGGAUGCAGCUGCUACUGGGGGAUCUUCGGGAUCUUCGGGUGGACAUGCCUUUAGCCGGAAUCCUCUUCUUGCUGCUGGAGGGUUAAUGCGGCCUGUCUGGCGUGCUCCGGAUGGGCAAGAAGUUGAGAAAGCCGAGAAGACUGAACGAAAACAAACAUGGCGGCGGGUACAGGACGAUAAUGACGAUAAUGAGCAGUGGAUUCUAGAUGGGGGAUUGUCUGGGCAUAGUACAUAG